AUGCGAUUCAUUAACUUGACUAUUACAAGUUUACUUGCACUGGCUUCCAGAACAACAGCUGAAGAUGUCACCGUCACACAAUUGGUUUCUAGCCCAACCUCUGCGUCUGAAGCAGGGGACUGGUCUGCUAAUUGGGUUAAGGGGUUUCCAAUACAUUCUUCCUGUAACCAGACUAAGUUCAACCAACUGUCCCUGGGUCUAGAAGAGGCUCAGAUCAUGGCCGCUCAUGCCAGAGAUCACACCUUGAGAUAUGGUAACGAGUCUGAGUUCUUCACUCAAUACUUCGGUAAUGCUAGUACCGCAGAAGUCAUCGGAUGGUUCUCAGUGGUCGUUGAUGCCGACAAAUCCAACCUGCUAUUCAGAUGCGAUGACAUCGACGGAAACUGUAAAUUUGAUGGCUGGGCCGGUCACUGGAGAGGUGAAAAUGGAUCCGACGAAACUGUCAUUUGUGAUCUUUCCUUCCAGACCAGGAAGUUCCUUGCUCAAAUGUGCUCCAACGGUUAUAACGUUGCCAACUAUCCAAACAACCUCUACUGGGCUUCUGACUUGCUCCACAGACUCUAUCACACUACCACCAUUGGUCAAUUGACAGUCGAUCACUACGCUGAUACGUAUGAAGAAUGCUUAGAAUUGGCUAUUGAGAGUCCAGAUGAAGCAGUUAGAAACACCGCUUCCCUAAGAUUUUAUGCUCUAGAUGUGUAUGCAUACGACAUCGCCGUCCCAGGCGAGGGAUGCAGUGGAGAAAUUGGUGAGGAUGAUGAAGAGUCUACAUCUUCUGGUAGUGCUACCGUCACUACAACGUCUACUUCUGCUGGAACAGAGUGCCACACACACUCAGAUGGCGAAGUCCACUGUGCUUAA